AAUACGUGAGACUGUUAGCGACACCAGUACUUUACAAUUUCAUGAACUCUAUAUAAUGUUACAAAUAAAUUGAAAAAAAAAUAAUUGUGAAAGUGAGAUCAAAUUAGACGUCAUGACUACGGAAAGGCAAAACGGGUAUCCGGAAAACGGCACUGAAAGUGAAGAAUUCAGGGAAACCGAUCCGUUAAGGGAAGACACCGAAGAAAAAAAUGAAGACAAAAAGAGGAGUUUCAAAGAGACAUGUUAUUACGUCCUUAAGAAUACAACUGUGGAACCAACGAUGUUUCUCUUCAUAUUACCGAUAAUUCUUGGAAUAUUAACGUCUCAAAAUUUAAACUUGGAGAAGGCAUGUCGGGUAAAUUUAAACUUUACAAGUGAGAUCUGCGAUGCUCUUAAAAUGCAAACUUUGGAGGAACAGAAUAUUUACGAAAGGGACGUACAGCAUCUGGUCGCUCAAGCUAUGUCUUGGAGAACUUACAUUACAGCUACUAUACCUUGCAUUUUAGCUCUUUUUAUCGGAUCAUGGGCGGACAGAACAGGUCAUCGAAAGAUUUUUAUAAUCUAUUCAAUUAUAGGUCAAAUUCUAAUAAGUAUAAAUGGUAUUAUUAAUACAUAUUUCUUUUAUGAAUUUAGAUUGGAAGUCAUUGUGUUCAGUGAAGCUAUUAUUGACGGUCUUACUGGAUCAUGGUGUGUUUGUUUCUUAACUAUGUUCUCCUAUAUAAGUGCAAUCACCAAUGAUAAAAACAGAACAUUUAGAAUGGGACUUAUCAAUUUUAGUUUAACUGUAGGGUUCCCUAUUGGAAUGGGAAUUAGUGGAAUACUAUUGAAAACAAUCGGUUACUAUGGCUGCUAUGGAGUUGUUGGUAGCAUACAUUUUAUUAAUCUCAUGUAUAAUAUCUUCGUUCUAAAAGAUCCAAAACGCACACCUGAACAAAAAAUGCACGACAGAAAAGGAAUAGGGCACUUCUUUCGAUUAUUUUUUGAUUUGACAAACAUAAAAGAUACCUUAAAAGUUAUAUGGAAGAAAGGCACAAACAACAGAAGGUUAAGGAUUUGUGUAUUACUGAUAGUCGUUAGUAUUUUGUUCGGACCUAUGCAUGGUGAAAUUUCUAUAUUAUACAUAUCUACAAGAUACAGAUUUAAUUGGGACGAAGUCAAAUUUAGUAUUUUUCAAGCUUAUAAUUGUGUAACACAUACGUUUGGAACGAUCUUUUCCAUCUUAGUGUUUAGCAAAUAUUUGCAAUGGCAUGAUUCUGUUUUGGGAAUUAUAUCAACUAUUAGCAAAAUAGCAGCCUCUUUCGUGUAUUGUUUCGCGCCGAAUGAAAGAAUUUUCUUUAUUGCUCCCUUAGUUGAUAUAUUAAAUGGAACAUCACUUCUGGCUCUGAGAUCGACUGCCUCUAAAUUGGUGUCACAGGAUGAAUUUGGAAAAGUAAAUUCGAUUUUUGCCCUGGUCGAAAACCUUAUGCCGCUAGUGUAUGUACCAUUAUAUACAAGGGUAUAUGUAGCUACAAUGGAAAUCUUACCAGGUGCAGUAUUUCUUCUGGGAUCCGCUAUGACGCUACCAGCUGUGGCAGUUUUUAUUUGGCUUUUUUGGGAACACAUCACGAUUCAAAGAAAACAAAUGAAAGAAAAUUGCGUUGAAUUGGCAGCAAAAGAACUGUAGUUUGAUAUUAUAGAAAGAAUUCACAAAGCCAAAGGAUUAUAGCAAUCGUAAGAUUGGAACUAGUUACACCAAGAGAAUCUAGUUUGAGUAGACAGUUAACUGCAAGUAAAUUCCACGUCUUUCUUCAUCCCGAAUAACAAAUUUAUUAAAUAGUUUAGAUCAUUAAGAAACUUUGUAAAUCUUUAUUAAAUAUUUUGAACAAAUAUAAACUUUUAUUU